GAAAUGAGAAGUUUUAAGCACUUGACUUACUUUUACAUCAAUAUACCAACAUUUCUAUGGUCCACUUGUGAUUAAAUCAUUUUUGUGUUGAAUCUUAAGCACCAAAAAGCUUAUUCCAAAGCUUAUUAUAAAUAGAAAAUAUGAUAGAAACUCACCUAACUUGAAUCGAGUGCAGCACGCAGAGAACGGCUUAAGGUGUAAUCAGUAUAACGGAAGCCACGGCAAUUGGAACAACACAAAGCGCAAAACAAGUUUGGCAUUGUGUACAAAAAAUAAACAAACAAAAAGUAAAAGGAAGGUUCGCGUGUGUACAGCUUGAAAUGAUUGUAAUUACGAAACUUUUGAAUAUACUACUGAUUAUUUUAUGCGCACAACAUGAGCUAGUCAGUGUAAACGCUUAUGAUCCGAAUGAUACCAAAAUAGUAGAGUGUUGCCUACCGCCUGAAGGAAUGUUUGAAGCCUUUUAUCCUCGCGAAGUGGAGGGCAUACCAAAUAGCGCUUCUCGACCUGCUCACGGGCAUGGCAGUUUUUUCAAGCAUCGCAAUCCUGCACUGGUGGACACGAAAAACGCAGCAGCCUAUGGCUAUCGCUUUGAUGGCAAGCGGCGCUUUAACUUUGAUUAGCUUGUAAUACACUAAAACACAUUCAAGCUAUAUAAAUAAAAUACCUUAAUAAAAAAUAC